AUGGACUGUCAGCAGAAAGUUUUGCUUGAGCGUAAAGCAAAACUUUCUGCGGGUAGCAGUUGGGUUAAUUUCUUAAUUCAUUUACGAAGUCACAUUGGUUUUGUUGGACAAGAACCUGUACUUUUCAGUGGUACCAUCGCUUACAAUAUAACCUACUUUCUAGAAUAUCAUGUCUCUCAAAGUGAGAUCGAAGAUGCUGCCAAACAGGCAAAGAUUCAUGAUUUCAUUCGUGAUCUACCCCAAAAGUACGAGACUGUUGUCGGAGAAAGGGGAAUGCUCUUGAGCGGAGGUCAAAAGCAAAGAAUUGCAAUCGCUCGAGCCUUGAUUCGUAAGCCAAACAUUUUACUUUUAGAUGGAGCGACUUCCGCAUUGAUUCCGUGACCACAUUAAUUAACU